ACCUAAUAAUACUACUUUUGCCUUUUUAAGAAUUCUAUUGCAAAAAGAAAUAAUAUGAAGCCAUUUGUUGCAACAUUCAUCCUUAUAGCACUUGUACUCUUGAGCUCUUCUCUCCUUCAUUUCACCAUGGCUGAUGAUUCUGGUUUUUGUGACUCAAAGUGUGCGGUGAGAUGUUCAAAGGCAGGGAGGCAAGAUAGAUGUCUAAAGUAUUGCGGGAUAUGUUGCGAAGAGUGUCACUGCGUGCCUUCUGGGACGUAUGGAAAUAAGGACGAAUGCCCGUGCUAUAGGGACAAGAAGAACUCUAAAGGGCAGUCUAAAUGCCCCUAGAGUGACUAUAAACAUGUUCCUUUUCUAUGGUAACGUCUAAUAACUAAAACUCUUCAAUGAAAAAAAAAAAGGCUUCCAUUUUGUAUAGAAGACAUGGUUGUCUCAUAUGAAUGAUAGAUGAAAUGGAUGGACUAUGACUAUGGAACAAAUGUUGUAGAUUGGUAUGUAUACGUGAAAAUUAAAUAAUGGU